AUGACGACCACAUAUAAUAAUCUCCUUUGUUUUUCUCUUUUCCUAAUUCUCUUCUCCGGCGGCGGCAUCACCACCGCAUCAUCCCGUAAAACAUGUAAACCGGCAUUCUAUCAAUUCUUCAUAAAGGUCUAUUCCAAUUGUACCAUCGAAAAACUCGUCAAAUACGACCCAAUCCCACCAUCCCUUGACAACGAAACUCAGGUCCAAUCAUCGGAUCUCAUCCUUCAUUUGAAGUCAAACCUAACCGGUAGGUUGUAUCGUCCCAGUAACAUCACAGCCGGACAACGUGUCCCUAUUCUCAUCUACUUCCACGGAGGUGGUUUCAUGACCGGCUCCCCCUUCAACCGCAACGCCCAAUCCCAGCUCUUCAGAAUUAGCUCCAUAGGUAAGAUCGUCGUACUCUCCGUAGACUACGUGUUAGCCCCCGAACAUAAGAUCCCCAUUCCAUAUAGGAGUGGUGACAAGGCUCUCAAAUGGCUGGCCAUGCAUGCAGCCGGAAAAGCAGACGAUAAUGAAAAAUGGGUGGACGAUGUCGUCGACUUUAACCGAGUCUUCAUCGGGGGACAGAGCUCGGGUGGAAACAUAGCCUACAACGUGGCAAUGCGACUCCAACAAAACAAGCGAAAAGGGAUCGAGUUUGCCGGGUUAAUAUUGAUGGACCCUUAUAUAUUGACAGCCGAUCCCUCGCCUGCUCUCGAGCGUAUCCCCGAAAACUUCAGGAGAAAUAUUACCGGAUUGUGGACUUAUGUUUGCCCUAAAUCCACCGGGGUAAACGAUACUAGGGUUAACCCUUCCCUAGAGACUAAAUUGGGCGUGCUAAAACCGGGAAAGGUGUUGUUUUGUGUCGGUGAGAGAGACCCAUUGAUUGACGGAUCAAUCUCCUUCUACAAUGUCCUUUUGAAGAAUAAUAUCAAGACAGAGUUCUACAAGACAAUGGGAAGGGGUCAUGCUUUCGAUAACAUGUUUCCAGAUAUAGCGGAAUCAUUUGAGAUGUACCAGAAGAUUGAUUCUUUCAUAAGAUCAGCAUAA